AUGUGGGCGUCGCUGGACCCGUUGUGGGAGAUGCCGGCCGAGAAGCGUAUCUUCGGGGCCGUGCUGCUGUUCUCUUGGACCGUGUACUUCUGGGAGACCUUCCUGGCGCUGCGGCAGAGACGGAUAUAUAAAACAACAACUCAUGUACCAAUGGAGUUAGGACAGAUCAUAGAUUCAGAAACGUUUGAGAAAUCUCGACUGUAUCAGCUGGAUAAAAGUACCUUCAGCUUUUGGUCAGGACUCUAUUCAGAGAUCGAAGGCACUCUUAUUCUUCUCUUUGGAGGAAUCCCUUAUCUCUGGAGACUUUCCGGACGGUUCUGUGGCUAUGCUGGCUUUGGACCAGAAUAUGAGAUCACUCAGUCUUUGGUGUUUCUGCUGAUGGCUACACUUUUCAGCGCAUUGACUGGUUUGCCCUGGAGUCUUUAUAAUACUUUUGUGAUAGAAGAAAAACAUGGUUUCAAUCAACAGACUUUGGGGUUCUUCAUGAAAGAUGCAAUCAAAAAAUUUGUUGUGACUCAGUGCAUUUUAUUGCCUGUGUCUUCACUUCUACUUUACAUUAUUAAAAUUGGGGGUGACUAUUUUUUUAUUUACGCCUGGCUGUUCACAUUAGUUGUUUCACUGGUGCUUGUCACAAUCUAUGCUGAUUACAUUGCCCCUUUAUUUGACAAAUUCACACCUCUACCUGAGGGAAAGCUUAAACAAGAAAUUGAAAUAAUGGCAAAGAGUAUUGAUUUUCCUUUGACUAAGGUGUAUGUUGUUGAAGAAUAA